AUGUCAGACGGCGACGAGGUCUACGUCAGCGACGCUGCUGUCGCCCUUCCGCCUGCCACGGCGCUGAAAGACGCCGCUGACGAGAAGAAGUUGUUCAAAAUCGACUCCGCCUACCGCCCCAUUGGCUACCGCGACAGUCCUCUGAAAAAUCUCUGGAACGACGCCUUGCUUGUGCUUGCCGAGCUGCCAUGGCUGCCAUUUGUGCUCUUGCCUGCGCGGUCACUGCUUCUAGACAUGACGUGGCGUGGUAUCUUGUAUCAAAUUGUCGCGACGACAGUCAGCAUUAUUGUGCUCCCUUUCAUUCUGCUGUCCUUCCUGUACGGACUGCCAUGGCCAGUCAUCACCACUGCUACCCUCUUGGCUACUUUCAAGCUCUGCGACAUCGUUCAAGGUAGCAAGAACAUCAUUAAGCCCACCAAACAUCAGCUCGAGAAAGCUGAUGGCAAGUACGGUGGUGAACGAUGGUUCUUUGUCAAUGGUGUGGCGACUUCGCCUACUGGAAAUCGCAAGGUGUGCGACAAGCUCUACAAGAUCUUCAAACGCCCUGUCUAUGGCAUUUCUAAUCGCAGCAACGGAGUGCUCUUUGACUUGAUUGAGUGUCUGCUCCAGAGAGACCUGCGUUGGCCCACGCGUGACGAGCGUGUGGGAUACAAUGCUCUUGCGACCUGGCUGGGCAACGAGAACAUCAAACGCAUAGUUCUGAUCGGACAUUCGCAAGGAGGUAUUCUCUGUUCUAAUUGGGCAGAUCAACUCCUUUCCGACUUUGAUCGCGACACGCUCUCAAAGCUCGAAAUCUACACGUUUGCAGCAGCUGCGAAUCACUUCCCAAAUCCACUUCAAGGUGACACUGGUGCGUUUGGACACCUGGAACACUUUGCGAACGAAGGAGACAUGGUGGCAAGAAUUGGUGUGCUUGCCUUCCGUAGCGAACAGGCGGACCGUUUGCCUCGGGACGGCAAAGCCCGCUAUUCACUGUCCAGCGCCUUCCGAGCUCUCUUCGCCACGCGGGUCGCCGCAAGCCGGAUCAAAGGGAACAAGCACAAAGGCGAGCCCGAGAAGAAGAUUGCGACGAGAUUUGCUGGAAAGUUGUUCGUGCGCAAGAAUCGUACGGGUCAUCUGAUGGCUGCCCACUACCUAUUUGAUGGCGACUCUAUCCUGGAUUUGGACACGGUCCAACAGCAAAGCCAGCUCGCCAAGUACAAAGGAGGGAAGCUAGCUUUGCGUCUAGUGGAAGACCAGACCUCGUCGAGUGCAGCACUGAAGUGAGAGCAUGUCAGUCACUCAACAACUCGUUUUAAAGAUCGAUAAAGAUCGACCAUUGCCGUCCCGCUGUCCGCAAUCCUCUUCCGAGAUAUGCCCAGAAAUUGUGUCGUCGUCGACCAUCCCCCCUCUGCAAGUCAGGAUGCCGUUGUCUCCCGUACAUUCUAAAAUGACCACUUGGUUCGCUCUGUCCGCCUUUCGCGACUCAUCAGGUGCAGGGCUAAGUAGAGCGAUAGCCGUCAUGCUUAUGGAGCUUGGAGCGCAGUGCACAAUCAAGUGGCACGCUGACGGCACUGCCAGCUAGCGCCUACGGUAUGAUGGGACAAAGCCGGCACAUGGUUCACCGCAGAAUGCUCACGUACAAGUAUGUGGUGCAUGGCGCAGUCGCAGCGGUGCUUGUUUUGUGAUCUGUCUUGUCUCGUACG